AUGCUGACCACGAUCACAAUGGAACAGGAAACAUUUGAGGACGCUCAAGACACAGCGUCCGUGCGAUCGCUGACCAGGAGAACUCCGUCCGUUACGAAACGAGCCCAGGAGCGGGACAGCGCCGAACUGGACGAGGAGCAUCAGAAACUCUCCAAGGAGUCGACCAAGGAGGAAAAGUCUGAUGGAGAAAAGGAAAAUGACAGGAAAUCCUCUGCGCUCUCGGCCCACCGCAUAUCACAGAAUUCAAACGGCGACCUAGAUAACGUCAAUCUCGACGAUGAUGCGACUACUACCGACUCCCAAGGAGACGAGGACAAGAGCAGCCCGAUCACCAAGGAAGCGUCAAAGACUUUGUCUCUUAGCAGCAUAACAAGUGCCCUCCCCGCGAUGCCAUGGUCUCCUCCCGCCGGCGACUCACCUCACAAGAACCCCCUCGCAGCUCCCAGUCCUCCCGUUUCAUAUCCUCCGCCUGCCGAACGGCCGCCUCCACGCAAACUCACAAGUCCUUUCUCUUGGCUAUCCAGAAAUUCCGCCAAGGACACCACAUCGACAUCACCGCCCGCCGUCUCCCCAAGGAGAAACACAGCCAGCUCCGUCGCCACCCUGACUAGCAAUCCAGAAAUGAUGCUGAGCAAGCUUGAAGAAGAGGGUCAGACCAACGGGAUUAAUGGGACACAUAGGAAUAGUCUGAAAGACCGAUUCAAGCUCAUGCGAAUGCGAGAGGAGGCAGGCAUCUCAGCAAUCCCUGGAGAGGAGGACAAGACAGGUGGUGGCGCUGUAGCAGCCCUCAUCGGGAGGUCGUCCACGGGACUGGGUCUUCUCAGCCCGACAAUUGAUGAAAAAGAGAACAGCCUGGGUAUCCAACCGCCCACAUCACCAAUUCCUACGAGCCCGAACCCUAGUUUGGCCCCGGGUACAGCGUCAGGGGUCAACGCUGGCCCGUCCACUUUCUCAGACAUCCCGGUCGACUGGGAUCUCUGGCAAUCGGUUGUAUACGAGGGACCAGCGGCAGUUGCAAAGACCAGCUCUGAGGAGCUGAACAGAGCAAUUGCUACCGGCAUCCCAAGCGCUAUUCGCGGAGUCAUCUGGCAAGUUCUUGCCCAAAGCAAGAAUGAGGAACUGGAGGUCGUCUACAGAGAGCUCGUGGCCAGGGGCACAGAUAAGGACAAGGACAGGCAAAGCAACAGCUCCCUCAGUGCAAGCAGCAAUGGCAACCUGAGCAUACAUAAGGAGCCUGUAUCAUCUGCAUCCUCUGUACACUCGGACCAAUCCGCUGUGAACGGUGCUCCAUCACCUUCAGAAAAAGACCCAGAAGCUCUCAUGAAAGCUCAAGCUGCGGCCGUUGCAGACAGAAAAAAGAAGGAGAAGGAAGAUGCUGCGAUGUUGCAGAAACUGGAGAAGACUAUUCGUCGGGACCUGGGCACACGCACAAGCUACUCGAAAUUCGCAGCCGCUCAAGGGCUCCAAGAUGGCCUUUUUGGUGUCUGCAAGGCUUAUGCCCUGUUUGACGAAGGCGUGGGAUAUGCACAGGGCAUGAAUUUCCUAGUCAUGCCAAUCUUGUUUAACAUGCCAGAGGAAGAGGCUUUCUGCCUGCUGGUACGACUCAUGAACCACUACCAUCUCCGAGAUCUCUUCAUCCAGGACAUGCCAGGGCUACACAUGCACCUUUACCAGUUUGAGCGCCUGCUGGAGGAUCUUGAGCCCGCACUCUAUUGCCAUCUUCGGAGGAGAGGCAUCUCCCCACACCUAUAUGCAACACAAUGGUUCCUUACUCUCUUCGCCUACCGUUUCCCCCUACAGCUAGUACUCCGAAUCUACGACCUGAUUUUGUCUGAGGGCUUGUCAGCCAUUCUCAAAUUUGGCAUCGUUCUCAUGCAAAAGAAUGCCGCUACUCUGCUCGGCAUGUCAGAUAUGUCACAAUUAACCACUUUCCUCAAGGACCGGCUGUUUGACGUCUACAUUGAUGCUGCACCCAAUGCUGGCAGCAUAUUAGAAAACGGGUUCUUUGGCAGCAGCUCCUCGGCGAUGGACAAGGAGGUGUAUCGUGCUGACCAGCUCAUACACGACGCGUGCGAGGUCAAGAUUACCCCUGAAGUCCUGAAGUUCUACAAGUCAGAGUGGGAGGAAAAGACAAGGGCUGAGAAGGAGCGCGAACUGGAGCUCGAAAACCUGCGAACCUCGAACAUCAAAUUAACAAACAAGGUGCGGAAACUCGAGGAGCGGUUGGAGGCUGUAGAUCGCGAACAAGCAGAUUUGGCAACGGAAUUAGUUCACACAAAAGUCCAAAAUGAGGAGCUCAAGGACGAGAAUGAAAGCCUCAAAGGACAAGUGCGUGAGCUGAGACUGGUGAUUGAAAAGCAACCUCAGGAGAUUGAAGAGACCUGGAAUCUGGAGCGAGACAAUCUCAUGAAGAGGAAUCAAAAUGUCCACGAGGAGAACCAGCGUCUGGAAAAGGAGCUCUCUGAGCUUGAGGAAGAGCUAGUGCAGACCAAGAUGCGAUACGCCGAGGUGAAUUCGCAAUACGAGACUCUUACGCGAAGAUGGACAGACCUCAAGCGGCAAAUGGCAGAUUAA